AUGCCGCGAACAUUACCAUGGCUCGCGAAUCCAGCUCCACCCGAUCGCAAGCAACGGACGACCACUACAGCGUCGGUCAAACGCCGCAAGGUCGAUUCAUCACCGCCAUCUUCUCCGCCGGAUGGACUCGAUGAGUUCAUUCGCACACCCAAGGACGUCUCUCGGACGGCGGCAUCACUACGUUCGCCCUCGACAUCCCCACCGCCCGCACCCCCUAAGCAGGAGUUUAUGCGGCCCGGAUGGGACGCCGAUGACGGCUGGAGGAUGGUGACGGACGAAUUCAUGGCCACCGCUCAACUCUUCACCACACACCUCGCGCAUGCAGAGUACCGACGCCAGAAAGAGCUGGCCAAGAAAAGAGAAAGGGCUCUAGGAGGUGCAGAUGCGAUCGCCAGACCCGUGGUUGGGCAGCUGAGUAAAGACGGGCAAAGAAAGAAGAUGGGGAAACUGCAGAGGGCGGCCAUCAAAGCCGUCAUGAAGGAGGAGGAAGAGGAUGAUGAUGACCCGUGGAUGGGCACACAACUGGCAGGCUUGAUGACGAGCCCCAGNAAAAGAGAGAGGUUGCAGCCGGUCAAGGUCGUUGGACGCAGCAGUACCAGAGCUGCUGCAGGCUUUGACAGAGCACAACCACUGGAUCUACGAGGGAGACCACUAGAAGGGCAGAAGAGUCCGGAUGUCAAGAAGGAGGUCAAGGCUGAAGAAGACACGACCGACGACGACCUCGACGCUCCAAAGCCUACCAGAGCCCUGUCUCGCCCAUCACACACUCAGCCAACUACACCUACACCCUCUCGUCCGAACAACGUCUCCAAACAGGUUGCGAAUCCGCGCUCCGCAAACACAAGUACUGCUCGACGAUCAUCGCAUCACCCUUCGUCCUCAACAACCUAUUCCUCAGACCUCUCGGACAGAUCCCCACACACGAAGCGCAAAAGCGUCGACCGUGAAAUCUCCCGUCCACCAAAACGCGCGGUACGCGAGCCUGCUCCGCCAACCGCAGUCAAAGCAGAGCUUUCUCGCCCUGCAACAAUCAAGACGGAGCCAGACUUUGGCUUCCCUUCUAUCCCACAACCUUGUCAGUCUGCAACGUCGGCAAUCGCUCGACGCAGAGAAGCACGAUUGAAGCGUGAAAGAGAAGAAAAGAAGAUCAUGACUGAAGUCCAAGAGGAGCAUGAACUGCCCACCUUUCUGUUCUGA